AUGUGUGAGGAUCUGAUAAGGAAUGGACGUUUUCUUCUUCGUUCCUCAAAAAAUAUCAUCUCAUUGAAAACUCUGCUAGAGUGUGAAGAAGGACUGAAUCAGGGAAGUAUUACUGCAGCCAAGGCGUUUAUCAACUUAAGGAGGAAUAGUAUUCUACAUUUAUUUGCAUGCAUUGGGAGAUUCUUGGGUCUUGAGGUAUUUGAACAUGGUUUUACAGCAGCAAAAUUACCUAAAAACCUAGCAGAAGACUCAAAUUCUUUGUUCAUGGGAUUCCCCGAGUGUGGGGAUUCUUAUUUCUUGUUGAUGCAGCUUGAUAAGGAAUUUAGACCCUGUCCCAAGUUGAUUGAAGUUCAGUCUGAAUCAUCAGGGAAAGCUGAGCCAUUUGGUGACAUCAGCAAAGUUAUUCGAGUAAAAAACCUGGACAUUAGUCGGAUGCACAUGUGUGAAGAUGAACUCAAUUCGAGCCUUCUUGACCGUAGAAAGAUGCUAUCAAUUCCUAAUGAAGUUAAUGCUAAUGAGACUUCUGAACAUGGUAUUUCUUCUAACUCAAGCUUGGAUGGCUCAUUGCUUCGGUCUAAUGACCCCAUUAGUUUUUCCUCUAUUGUCGACGAAGUUUUUGAGCUUGAGAAAGGGUCAAAUGGACAGAGCUCCUCUUCCACAUCUGCUCUGAUCUCUUCAUCCAAUUUUGGUCCGGGUACUGUGAAUAUUCACAGCAUAAAACCUUCCAUGUCAUCCCCUAACUGGGAAGGACAAGCAUCACAAAAUGCAAUGAGCAAUUUUAAAAGGUCAACGCAUCGUGGGUCUACCAAUUCGCUACCGACCAAAAGCCAAGCUAUCAAGAAAUUAACAGCUUCAAAAUCAGAUCAAGAUUUGGCUGCUCUCAGGUCACCACAUUCUGGUAGCUUUUCUGUCUCUGGAUCUAAGCCAUGGGCCGCUUCUCACUCAGCUUCCUCACUGGAUUCUUCUGUUUUCGACAACUCAAAUCAAGAAAAUGUUACCAAACAAGAUGGCAGGCCUCGAAAGCGCACUGUGUUGGAUAUGUUAAAAUCUCUUCCCAUGCUCCAUUCUCUAGAAAUGAAUGAAUCAUCCAGCAAGAGAAGGAAAAUCAAGGAAGUUCCACAAGCUCAACUUCCUCUCACACAGUCAACAAUAUCUUGUGACCAUCCUAAUAAAACUGGAAGACACAGUUUUGCAAAUCUUAUAGCUGAAGCAAAUAAGGGCAAAUCAUCUCCUAGUAUUUAUGUCUCUGCUCUUCUUCACAUAGUAAGGCAUUGUUCAUUGUGUAUAAAACAUGCUCGAUUGACCAGUCAGAUGGAGGCACUUGACAUCCCCUAUGUUGAAGAGGUGGGUCUGAGAAGUGCAUCUUCAAACUUGUGGUUCCGCCUUCCUUUUUCUAGAGGUGACACAUGGCAGUACAUAUGUUUGAGGCUGGGCAGACCUGGAAGCAUGUACUGGGAUGUCAAGAUUAUUGACCCUCACUAUAAGGACUUGUGGGAGCUUCAGAAAGGGAGCAAUACUACUCCAUGGGGUUCUGGUGUUCGAAUAGCUAAUACAUCUGAUGUGGAUUCUCAUAUUCAUUAUGAUUCAGAAGGUGUUGUAUUGAGUUACAACUCUGUGGAGGCUGAUAGUAUUAAAAAGUUGGUGGCUGAUGUACAAAGACUGUCUAAUGCUAGGACUUUUGCUCUUGGAAUGCGAAAACUACUUGGUUCAAGGACAGCUGACAAGAUAGAUGAUAGCAAUGCAAGCUUAGAUAGCAAAUCAUCUCCUAGAGCAAAAUUUGCAACAGAGGGUUCUGAAAAAUUCUCUGAACAGAUGAGAAGAGCUUUUAGAAUUGAGGCUGUUGGACUUACUAGUUUGUGGUUUAGUUUUGGCUCAGGAGUUAUUGCUCGCUUUGUUGUUGAGUGGGAAUCUAGUAUAGAGGGCUGCAGAAUGCAUGUUUCUCCUGACCAGCUCUGGCCUCAUACUAAGUUUCUCGAAGACUUCAUUAAUGGAGGUGAAGUUGCAUCUCUUUUGGAUUGUAUUCGAUUGACCGCUGGACCAUUGCAUGCUCUUGCUGCUGCUACAAGGCCUGCACGAGCUGCUCCUGUUUCUGGACUCCCUGGCAUCACAGCUUCUAUUUCUUCAACUUCAAAGCAGACUGGAUAUGUGCCAUCUCAGGGUCUGCCUAGCAAUGUAAAUGCAAACGCUAGUCAAGCUUCAUCUGGCCCUGGAGGUAAUCCUGGCAUGACCCCUCAAUCAGGCCCUAUUGGAACUCACAAUACAGCAGCUGUGUUGGCGGCGGCAGCAGCGGCGGUGGCCAGAGGCGGUCCUGGAAUCGUUCCUAGUUCAUUGUUGCCUAUUGAUGUUUCUGUGGUACUAAGAGGCCCGUAUUGGAUUAGGAUUAUAUAUCGCAAAAAAUUUGCAGUUGACAUGCGGUGUUUUGCUGGAGAUCAAGUCUGGUUGCAACCAGCUACCCCACCAAAAGUUGGUCAACCUAUUGGAGGAUCCCUUCCAUGCCCCCAAUUUCGACCUUUUAUUAUGGAGCAUGUUGCUCAAGAAUUGAACGGCAUAGAUUCUAAUUUUCCAGCUGCUCAACAAGCACUUGGAUUGCCUAAUCCAAAUAAUCCCAAUCCAGGUUCAGCUCCACAGUUGUCAGGUGCAUCAGGGAAUAGGGCCAACCUCUCAAGUGCUGCUGCAAUAUCUCGAACCGGAAAUGCUCUGGCUGCUCUAAACCGAAUAGGAACUGCUCUUCCAGGAGCACCCAAUUUACAUGUGGGUAGCCCAUUACGUAGGCCACCUGGUUCUGGGGUCCCUGCUCAUGUUAGGGGGGAAUUGAAUACUGCUAUUAUCGGACUUGGUGAUGAUGGUGGUUAUGGUGGAGGGUGGGUCCCCCUCGUGGCACUUAAAAAGGUCCUGAGAGGCAUUCUAAAGUAUCUUGGAGUACUGUGGCUAUUUGCACAAUUACCAGAUCUUCUAAAGGAGAUCCUUGGGUCAAUUUUGAAGGAUAAUGAAGGUUCUUUAUUGAAUUUGGAUCAGGAGCAGCCAGCCCUGCGCUUCUUCGUUGGAGGCUAUGUGUUUGCAGUCAGCGUUCACAGAGUUCAGCUUCUUCUCCAAGUUCUCAGUGUGAAAAGGUUUCAUCAUUCUCAACAACAGCAACAAAACCCGGCCACAGCCCAGGAGGAACUAACUCAGUCAGAAAUAGGAGAGAUAUGUGACUACUUCAGCCGACGUGUUGCAUCAGAGCCGUACGAUGCUUCUCGGGUUGCUUCGUUCAUUACUCUUCUGACGUUGCCAAUUUCAGUCUUGAGAGAGUUUUUGAAACUCAUUGCGUGGAAGAAAGGAUUAGGCCAAGGGCAAGGAGCCGAAGCUGCCCCCACGCAAAAAUCCCGUAUCGAGCUGUGCCUGGAGAAUCACAUGGGGUACAAUAGGGAAGGGGUCUCUGAUAGUUCAUCAGCAUCCAAGAGCAAUAUACACUACGAUCGAGCCCAUAACUCGGUUGACUUUGCAUUGACCGUGGUUCUGGAUCCUGCCCACAUACCCCAUCUGAAUGCUGCUGGUGGCGCUGCCUGGUUGCCUUACUGCGUCUCGGUCAGAUUAAGAUACGCAUUUGGCGAAAACCCCGCUGUGUCCUUCCUCGGAAUGGAGGGCAGCCACGGAGGCCGUGCAUGCUGGCUGCGUGGCGACGACUGGGAAAAAUGCAAACAGAGAGUGAUGAGAAACGUAGAAUCGAAUGGAUCAUCAGCUGGCGAUGGAAAUCAGGGAAGGUUGAGAGUGGUCGCAGACAACGUGCAGCGAACGUUACAUGCGUGUCUUCAAGGGCUACGAGAGGCAUCGGGAUGACGUGACCGGUCUAUCUAUCGUCGACGACUCACUUUUGCAGGAAACUAGGAGUAGAAGAAGAGGUGACUAAAUUCAAACUAGUACUAAUUGAAUGUUUGAUCUACCUUGUACAUAAAAAUGCCCCAACUGCCACUCGUCGGUCUCUUAUUUUGUCAGAUUAAAAGCAAGUUGUAGUGAUUGGUGUUCUAUGUGAUAGGUGUUCUAUGUGAUAGGUUUUAGGUUAGAAAUUUGAUGCUGUACUGAUACUGUAGUGAUGAGAAACAAAUUUUUAGUUAAGAUGUGAUUUGUUUGUAGAUGAAAGCUUCAUUCUUUAUAAUACAAAGUACACAGUAUUAAAUUUCA